AUGCACUCUCAAACUUUGAUUGACACGCAUGUGGAUUCAUACUUUAAGGCAUAUUUUGCAGAAAGAAUAAAAGAUACAUUCACCCUUAUAUUAAAAAAUAAUAAACAUUUAUUUAUAAAUAUAAUAAUGGAUAAUGAACUUAUUUCUAUUACCAUCAUAAAUUAUAGAGAUGGUGAUAAUGUGGAAGGCCCAUAUGAAAAACUAUUUAAAAGUGAUUGCACUAUGGAAAAAGUGUUGCAAGAAUUUGGACUAGAUUCUGCAAUAAUUGUUGCCAAUAAAGAUAUUAUUGAGUCUAAAAGAAUCUUGCAAGAUGUUUACAAGGAAUAACCGAGUUCUGUCCUAUAAUAGCAACAAAGAUUUCUUCAAUUAAGAGUGAUUUACUAAUAGAAUUAAGAUUAAGGGAUGCUUAAAUAUAAAUGCAUAAAAGCAAUUAAGAAAGAUUAACCUGUUAUUGAAUAUCUCUAGGUGAAUUAAGACAGGACCAUAUGUGAUUAAGUUUCUAUGGAACACUCAGUUAUUCACAACCAUCAAAUUGCGUAGAGAACAUCAAUAUUUAGAAACAUCUAAUAUGAUAAGGAUCACUUGAUCGAAUUGAGUGUAAUUCCAAAAGUUGAUGGAGAGAUAGAGAAUUCGACAUAAAUGUAGGUUCAAAUUUUUUCUGAUCAAAUUUAAAACAAGGGCACUUAUGAAAAUGGAAACUUUAUUAGAGAAAAACCAUUAUACUUAGUGAUUGUGACAAAGUCAAAAUAAAUUUAAAGCCUGAUUGACGAUUUAAACAAUAAGGAUAUCGUUGCAUUCUAAAGUAGCAAAGGGAUUUUGAAUUUUAAUAAAACUUGGCAAGACUAUUUCUAAACAGAAUCCUUGUGUAAAUUAAUAGCCUUGCGUAAUGAAAAAUAGGGAAGUCUCCUCUAGCAAAUAGAGAACAACAACAAAUACAUAGUUAAUGUAUUUUACAAUGGGAAAUAGAUUUUGCACGAAAGCUUAGAGAAAUCUACCAAUCUACAAAAAAUUGAGUUGGAAUUACUCCCAGUUGAACUUAAAGGGAAAAUAGAUUUUAUUAUACCUGAUAAUAGGGUGGUAAAAUCAAGCUUGGUGUUAUACCAAUUGCCAUGCAAUGAUAAGGGUGAAAUAAAUUUACAAGUUAUUGAUAAGUAUGCAUUAUAUGAAAAGAUGGAGACUGUUUUGAAAUAAGCACUGGAGUAGGUUUAGAAAAUGAAAUAGGGCUAAAAUAAAAUUGAAGCUAAAUAGGAAGUGUCAGCAUAUAGCCUUAUUUUGGAGAAGCACUAAACUAUUGAUAUACUCUCUUAAGUUGUGGAAUAAUUAAAGUUUAAGUAGGAUAAAUAAGAGCAAAUUCUUGAGAUUCAAAAUAUAACUGAAACAGUCAGCACUAAUAUCAGUUGA